AUGACCGAGAGAACCUCUGGACGAGGCCGGGUCUCCAAACGAUCCGACAACGCUUGCUCGAGAUGUCGCAAGCAAAAGAUCAAAUGCUCAGGCUCGCACCCUUGCGACGCCUGCCAGAAGCGCAAGGUUUCGUGCGAGUUCGACAGCCUUGACCAAAAGGUUCUCGUCACUAGAGGAUAUCUGCUGCAGCUGCAGAGACAAACCAAGAAAGAGAAGCAGGAUGGCUUUCCUGACUAUGCUACCCCGGCAUCUGCGGACCUGCAUCCUGGGCAGGAUAGCAUCAAUGUUAAUGAAGACACCUCAGAGUUGGCCACCCGCAGGCCAGUAUCUGAGACUCGCAGCUCCGAGAGCCGAGAAAAUCUAGAUCCCAUCGCCUCAACACUCACAAACCCUAUGUCUACCGGCAAAUCAAAAUUCAUGAAGUCAGCCGAAGGACGAAUAUUCUAUCUUGGCACAUCUUCUACAUGGUCAUUCAGUCGCCGGAUCAUGAGUCUGACCCAUGAAUAUGUUCAUGGAACUCCCAUAGCACCGUCCACCCUCCUGUUUGACGGUUCAGCAUACGACCUAGGCUGGGACGGCGCCAGAGUCAAUCAUCCAUUCGACCACGCGCCUCUUCCCAGUCUCGAUCACGCCAUCUUCCUCAUCAACAAUGUCAAGUUCCACUGCAGUCAGCUCUUCCACCUAUUUGACGAGGAGUCCUUCAUGAAGUAUCUCUACGACUACUAUUCUCACCCAACCCCCAAAACUGGCACGCCAGAUUUGCAGUUCAUUCACCUUCUUGUCAUUCUGGCCAUGGGUAAAGCCCUCGGAGGCAGCACCUUUCAAUCCGACAUACCACCAGGGUCCGAAUAUUUUGUCAUGGCCAUUCAACGCAUGCCCAGCUUCCACGCUCUUUUUGGACAGCCCAUCUUGCUGACAGAGGUCUUGUGCUGUAUUGCCUUAUAUUUUCAGUGUCUGGACCACAGGCACGCGUCUCAUGCUUUCAUUGGGGAAGCAAUUCGGAUGGCGCUGGGUCAAGGAAUGCACACAGAUAUGCCACAGGAGGAGUUAGGAGCAGAUGUUGUCGAGCGGAGUCGAAAGGCGUGGUGGACUGCGUACCUGCUGGACAGGCAAAUGACCUCCUUGAUGGGUGUCCCACAGUCAAUCCAUGACGACGACGUCCAUUCACAGCUACCGGACUACGCUGAUUCUCCGCAACGGAGGACGGCGCUGGCCAUGCAGAUCCGCCUGUCUCGAACAAUGUGCGCCAUCAACAAAGGUGUUUACGGGACUGACGGCAGAUUGAACAAACGCUUUUUGAUCAAGACAAAAGAGGUCUUGUCUAAUAUUGCUGAUCUGACGGACGAGUUACAACAAAAGUUCCCCAUGCAGGCCAACGGGCCGUUCAGUACAAUCUCAAGGACCUCCGGCUAUCUCCAUCUCCUUUAUCAUCAGUGCAUUAUCCUUGCCACGCGCCCACUGCUAUUCUGUUUCAUGAAGAUCCAAUUCGAAUCCCCAGACACAUAUCUAGAGAGCCUGAACUCAUCUCAAACGGUCCGAAGUCUGAUUAAGAUGUGCAUCGACUCUUCCCAACAAUGCAUCAAGCUCCUCGAUUGUCUGCUCAGUCAAGGUCUACUCGAAGCCUCAUUUCUCACCAUCGACCUUGACCCUCUCUUCGCCUCCAGCCUCAACCUCCUCAUCGCCCCAGCGAUCGACUACAGCUGGAUGUCCGAGACCACCAUUUGGCGAGAGCGGGCGUAUGCCAUCCUGAACGAGAUGAUUGGGAGGGGGAACCGGAUAGCGAAAUACCGACUCGCUGAACUCGAGCAGCUGGCAGACAUGCUCAGCCACCUCCCCCAGGAGAGCUCUCCACAGACUUACGUGGGCAGCGACCUGGAGGCAGCAGCAGCUGUCCCCGUGAUCCGCCAGCUUCUGGUUGGGCCACCCCCGAUACUUGCGCCCGGGAUGCCACCGCUGGCAGCGCACAUGGAUGAUACUGAGGAUUUGACGGCGGGGAUACCUAAUCUGGAGGAAUGUUACAUGGAGGAGUGGCUAUCGCCGGGGCAGAUCACAGCCAUGGCCAACUCGAUUGGGAACAGCGAUUCGGAAUGGCUUUCUAAUACGAUGACGGAGCAUGAUAUCUUUUAG